UUUGUGGAGGUGCCAGGCCAGGGGUUACGCGAUACACUGAUACCGGCGUGUAUAUAGAGGGCCGUGGCGGUCAGGACGGUACUGUUCACACCAUGAAGGUAACAGCCCUGCUUCUGUGUGCCUUGGGGCUCACUUACGCCAAUCAAGUUGACCCCAAGUUGGGGGAGAAGCAGCAGAACCUGUUGCAGCUGUUUGUGAAUGCUCCACAGCCCAACUACAAUCAGCAGCAACAGCAACUCGGCAACAGCUUCGACCUCUACAACGUCAACAACUUCAAUAACGAUUACGCCGUAAAGCAGUUCCAGUACUCAUACAAGCAGGGUCUGCUGCCCCGUGGACAAGUCUUCAACUACAACAACCCCAACCAUCUGCAACAGGCCAUCCAACUGUUUGAUGUCUUCUACUUCGCCAAGGACUACAACACCUUCUACCAGGCCGCUUGCUGGGCUCGAGACCGCGUCAACGAGGGUCAGUUUGUCUACGCUCUGAGUGUCGCCAUUGUAAAGCGUCAAGACACCCAGGGCGUAGUCUUGCCUCCCCAGUCCGAGGUCUACCCCCAGCUGUACAUCAACACCAGGGCUAUCCAGCAGGCACAGUACUACAAGCAGCAAGGUCAGAAACAGGUUUAUGUCCAGUCAAACAACACCAACAACUACUACUACUACCAGCAGCAGAAGCAGCAGCAACAACAACAGCAGGACCAACAGCCCUUCCAGUACCAAGAACAGUACCAGAACUACCAGUACUACGAACAGCAGUACCAGAAUCAGUACGACUACGAGGGCCGCGUCGCUUACUUUACUGAGGAUGUCAACUUGAACCAGCAGUAUGCCUACCAGCAGAUCUACUACCCUGCCUGGUUCAACAGCCAGAAGUACGGACAGAAGACACAGUACCAGAAUGGCGAGGCUUUCUACUACUACCUGCAGCAGGUCCUGGCUCGCUACAACCUUGAGAGAUACGCCAACAACUUGCCCACCGUGCAACCCUUCCAGUUCUACCAGAACAUCCAGCCCGGAUACAACCCACAACUCCAGUACCACAAUGGCCACGCUGUGCCAGCCCGCCCCAACAACAUUGAUUACAAGAACGCCAACGCUUUCUACUACCAGCAGCUGCAGAACCUGGACAGGCGCUUUGCUGACGCCGUCGACAGUCGCCAGGUCAAGAACGUCAAUGGAGGCAAGCAGGCUCUGAACUCUGAGAAUGGAGUUGAGGUUUUGGGCAACUUAGUGCAAGCUAACGAAUACUCUGCCAACAACUUCUACUAUGCCGCAUACAACGGUCUCUACGGAUACUUUGAUGUCUUCAGGAAGUUUGUUGGAAGCAUCGUUGAACCCUACUACCAGUACCAGUCUGCUCCCGGAGCAGUCGAGACAAACUCUGCUGCCCUGAGGGACCCCGUCUUCUACCAGUUUAUCGCUCGUGUCGUCUACUACUUCCAAGCUUUCAAGAACCAACUCACACCCUACAAGCAGGAGCAGCUCGAGUACCCCGGAGUCCAGGUCCAGUCUGUGAAUGUGGACAAGCUAGUGACUUACCUGGAUGAGGCUGAGGUAGAGCUGUACAAUGCUAUUACCUACCAGCAGGGUGAACAGGCCGAGACCUACCAGUACAAGGCCCGUCAGCCACAACUCAACUACAAGCCCUUCAACUACAACAUCCAGCUGACCAGCGACAAGGACAAUGACGCUGUUGUGCGAGUCUUCUUCGGCCCUCAGUACGAUGUGCAGGGCCGUCCCUUCAACCUGGAGCAGGCUAGGCAGUACUUUGUUGAGGUCGACCGUUUUGUUGCCAAUCUGAAGAGCGGCCAGAACCAAAUCCAGCGCAACUCUCAGCAGUCCUCCAGAUUUUUCAAGCAGCAGCCCAACACUCGCUCCCUGUUCGCUCAGGCCCAGCAAGGCACUUUCUACUACAACCAGACCAAUCAACAACAACAGCUGUACAGGCUGCCCCAGAACCUGUUGCUGCCCCGUGGUUCCCAGCAGGGCCAGCAGUACGUUUUUGCUGUGACUGUACACCAGUACCAACCCGACCAAGACCAACAGUCCCAGUUGUACCAACCCUACGACAACCGCCCUGAGGGCUUCCCCUUCGAUCGUCCCGUCAAAGUCAACUACUUCCAGCAGUACAAGAACUUCUACUACCAGACUGUCUAUGUCUACAACCAGAACCAACAGCAGGUCAACAACCCUGCUCAAUAAACACAGCUGUGAUUAUUUUAAGUUGAAAUAAACAUACUGCAUUGAAAUAACCUU